AUGGCACCCCCUGCCAAGCGUCAAAGGCGCAUAUACGUAGCCUGUCGGCGAUGUCAUUCGCAAAAAAUCAAGUGCUCUGGUAUCCAGCCAUGUCGGGCAUGCUGCGUCUCAGGCAAUCACGACCAAUGCCAGUUCCCACCUCGAGACCGGAAAGUCUCGGUGUCAGAAACGUACAUCAAAAAGUUGGAAGGAGAAGUAAGAGAUUUGAGAGCGCAGCAACAGCGACCAGGUGCUGCUUCUCCGUGCCAGACCACAUACGAGGCUCCCAGUGUUGCAAAUGACCAGGGCCAGAACCCAGCGCAGUUUACGGACACUGAUGUCUCAAACCCGCUACUGGAAUCGCCCACUGGGUUUGUCGCAGCCGGGUCAUCAUCACCACCAGUCUAUAUUGGCGAAGCAUCUUGUGUUGCCUUUGGUGAUACUCUUCUACAAUGCGUGGACAAAGAUACUGAUCUCGCAGCCUGGCCUCCACCGACAUAUUUUCAGCACGAAAUUUUCAAUCGCCUUGUACGGCCAGAUCUUGUCUUGCCGGACCGGAUUCAGUCUCGACUUCUAGUGGGGGUUGCAGUGCGGUUCAUAGGAACUGAUUAUCAUCUUCUUCUGAAGAAGACUUUCUAUGAAAAGCUGGAUCGAAUAUGUGCUGGAGAAGAACCCCAAGAUUUGGUGUGGAUAUGCAAAUUCUUUAUAUUGCUGGCACUGGGAGAGAUGUACUCCAAUCGCCAGCGAAGAAACAUGAGCCAACGUGUGCCGGGCACUGAUUACUUCCUUCAAGCUACGGGCCUGUUGCAAGAUUUAUAUGAAACUCCAUCAGUCGAGCAGGUGGAGGUUAUGAUUCUUUUUUGCUUCUAUGCGAAUGCUCUUGGGCGUACAAAAUCCGCAUACACAUAUAUUGGGAUUGCAAUGAGAAUGGCCUUGGCUUUGGGCCUCCAUAGAAACUUGCCAAGCGAUACGAUGCUUAACCCUGUAGAGCGCGAGCAUCGAAAGCGCGUCUGGUGGACACUAUAUACUCUGGAUCGACUAUGCAGCUCCAUUCUUGGAUAUCCCUUACUGAUCAGCGAUUCUCUGAUUGACGUGGAGUUACCGACCGACGAAGGCCUCAGCGCAUCCGAGCAAGAGGAGUUUUCGGAUCCUGCGCACUUGAUCGCGACUAUCAAACUUGCCCGGAUCACAGGUCAAAUUCUGAGCGACUUAUAUUGUUUACCUCAACGGACCCACGAACCCUUUGUGCAAAGAGUACACCGGAUCCUUCUGAGUUUGAGGAAAUGGGAUGAAGAGCUCCCCGCAAAGCUGAGCUUGCAGCAAGAGCACUUGCCUCGCCAUGUCACAAGUCUUCAUCUGCAUUAUAACAAGUGCGUUAUCUCAACGACCCGACCUAUCUUACUCUAUCUAUUCAAGCAUCGCUUUUCCCUUACGGCUGACGCGGCCGGAGUAACUCCACCGCCGACAUUCUCACCAACGACCCUAGCGCUAGCAGAAAGCUGUGUUCAAGCUGCACGAGCUUCUAAUUCAAUACUAUCUCGAUGUUUUGUAGAGGGAUCCCUGGCAUCUUUUGGAUACUUCGAUGCACAUUACCUCUUCUCUUCCUCGCUGAUUCUGAUCAUGUCGGCCGUCAUGGAUCCAAAUGUGGCCAUGUCCGACGCCAUUUCGUACGCGUUCACAAUCCUGAAGGCUAUGAAAGAAGAUGGCAAUAUUCCUAGCUGUGACUACUAUGAGAGGUUGCAGAGAACAAGAGCUAGCGUGGGAAAGAUGAGAGAGAACCACGAGACCGGUUCGCACUCACCAAUACUUGCCAGUGGAGGCGAGACAAUAUGGGAAGCGCAGAUACCUCCCCAUGAAGCAGAUGGCCCAUCGUUGGGAUUCAGUGAAGGUGUUCCGUUGGGUCAUCCACUCAUAGAUAGUUUCCUUGCGGAUAAGGCGUUCGCUCGGGCUGACGGGAUGGUUCCCGAGGAUCAAUCUCUGAGAGACUUGGCUUGCGAAUUGGGUGAUGAGUUUCUUUUCGGGGCGCAAUAG